AAAUUAAUCUUUAGUAAAAUAAAAACCACUUGUGUCAUUUCCAAAAAAAUGUUUCAUCGUAAAUUAUUAAUAUUAGGUUGUAUAUUUUUCGUAAGUGUACAAGGGCAUUCUACGGAAAUCAGCUCUGAAGAUGAAUACGAUCAAACACGUUAUACAAUUGAGGGAAAAGUAUUUCCACCUGAUAUUCCAUUAACACCAGCAAAUUGGCAAGUUAAUACAAAAUUAAUGGUGAAUGGAGGAGAAUAUUUGGGAUUUAUUAAAGAAGAUGGAACAUUUGUGAUACAUAAUGUACCUGGAGGUUCGUAUAUUUUGGAAGUAGUGAAUCCCGAUUAUGGAUACGAACCUGUUCGCGUUGAAAUUAAUUCCAAGGGUAAAUAUCGUGCACGAAAAGUUAACUACAUUCAAACAUCACAAGUUAUUCAAGUGCCAUAUCCUUUGAAAAUGAAACCUAUGGGUCGUAUGCGAUAUUUCCAAGUUCGUGAACAAUGGCGUGUCACCGAUUUCUUAUUUAAUCCAAUGGUGUUGAUGAUGGUUCUACCAUUAGUUUUAAUUAUGAUCUUGCCAAAGAUGAUGAGUGAUCCAGAAACAAAGAAAGAAAUGGAACAGUUUGGUAGUCUUACUGGUAAAUUUGAGAUGCCUGAAAUGUCGGAAAUAAUGACCACAUGGUUCCCUGGUUCCCAAACUACAAAGCAACAAAAAGCUAUAAAAAGUACCAAAAAACGGCAGUAAAUAUAGUUCAAAAUUUCAAGUUGUAUCUGUGUUAAUUAUUUAGGAAAAUAAUUGUGUUUUUUGUAAUUGAGAUUUUAUUAAAUAAAUUCUUAUUUAUUGUUUUAAAAA